UGUCAAAGAUGCGUUAAAACGCGAGAUCACGGGACACUCGAUACUCGCGAGCAUCGAGGAGCCUCGCCGUCGAAGGGACCACCGAGUGUCGUCGCACGGAGAGGAAUCGAAGAGCGCGAUGCCACGCCGAUGCGGAAACUUUUAAACGCGAAGGAACGGACGACGGCCUCGCCCCGACAACGACACUCGUCCGCCCGACCACCCGAAGAUAACCUCUCGCGAUCGACGAACGACGUACCGAUAGCCAACGAUCCGACUCGAGGCCGAUAGUCGGACGACGACGCGUCGGAUAUAAUGGCCUGCCUUCUCCUGAAUCAGGAAAACGUUCGCAUAAAGAUACCAUCGGCCGACACUUUGGACGGUAUCACGUAUUACAGCAUCGAGGUUACGGUCGUUUCCGUCAAGUGGACCGUCAAGCACAGGUACAACGAUUUCGUCGAGCUCCACGAGAAGCUGGUGUCCGAGCACUGCGUGGAGAAGGACAUCUUGCCUCCUAAGAAACUCAUCGGUAACAAGUGCGAGGCCUUCGUGGAGAAACGCAGGCACAGCUUGGAGAUAUAUCUCAACGCCGUCUACGCUUACUUGAAGAAGGCCAUGCCUAGGGAGCUGGCCGUCUUCUUGGAUCUGCACGUUUACGACAUAUUCUUUCUGCUGCAGAGCAUGGCGCUGGAACUGUUCACCGAAGGCUGCAGCUUCUUGCAAAGCUCCAAAAGUUACAAGUUCGACCCGAUACAGUUGUACGCCAUCAGCGAAAGGUUGAAGCAGCCUUGCCCCGUCAUGGAGGUGGUCGACAAGAAGUACGACUUUAGUCACGUUCUGGACUUCAACUCUCAUCUGAGCAAUCUCACCGUCGUGGGUAGUACCGAGACUUACAAAAGUAGCAACAUCUAUUCCUCCUCUCUGUCGAUCGAGUUGUCGACCUUCAAGAACGUCGAGGAGUUGACCAUCGACCGAUAUCCCGUUGACAAGAUCUACAACAUGGGAAACCUUCGCGAUACCGUAAGAGUUCUCAAAGUGACGAACACGAGGCUUCGCAAUAUCGUCGAGCUGGCGAUGUGCGAGGAAGUUCACAAGAGCAUAAACAACGCGAACGAUUCUCACGUCUGGCUAAAGGUAACUCAUCUGGAUCUCAGCGACAAUCGGAUAGAGGUCAUAGACGAGGCCAUCAGGCUGAUGCCUCACAUCGAAGUUUUGGUUCUGAACAACAACCUUCUGUCCGAGAUAUCGAACGUCACGUUGUUACCGAGGUUGUCUCAGAUUUACUUGGCGUCGAAUAAUUUCACCUCCUUGCCCGACGAUCUGCACACCAAACUCGGUUACGUGGUCUACAUCGACUUGUCGCAAAACAAAUUAACGUCGCUCGCGAGCUUCUCCAAGUUGUACUCCUUGGAAGGUCUCGACGUCAGCUGCAAUCGUAUCGAGAAGAUCGAAGAGGUCAAGAAUAUCGGUCACUUACCCUGCUUGGAACACCUCAGGUUAACCGGCAAUCCCGUCUCGACCAUAGUCGAUUACCGAGUCAAAGUCUUGGAGCCCUUUGGUAAGAGGGCCGUCGACAUAUGUCUCGACAACGAGAAGCCUAAUCAAAAGGAGCUCGACACCGUGUCGGUGCAUCAGGCGUUACGCAUCGCUAGGGAGGGUAAAUCGCCGACCUUCACGGCGGCCGACGCGCCGCUAUUUUCCGCCGAGAUACCGGGCGUAUGAGAGGAAGGCAAACGUCGUGUUCUGCCCGUCGUCGUUGCUCGACAUCGAGCUCUCGUGUCGUUCUUUCCACUUUCUUCUUCUUCUUCGUGUUUUUUAUCGUUUCUUUUUAUCGCGCCCCGACGUCAAAAAUCUCCUAUCGAUGUGAUCUAUGCCGAAAAAGUAGGAAAAAGUAGGAUUCUCUGUACAUUUUAAUCAAAGCGACGAGUAUAGGCGAAAACGGGAAAGUCAAUUCGAAUCGUCCACGUCCGUGUGGAGGUCGUUGCUGUUACCGAUAGAUAUAAUUUUAAGCGUUAGAUAUGGCCGGAACGAAGAGAGUAUGCGAUCAAGUGAACGGAGGAAGGCGUCUCUCGUCGUUUCCAUCGCGAUAGUUGCGAAGGGACGAUAUUCGGUAGCGAAUCGCUUGCCGUGCUCGUUCCGUUUAACGUUAUCGCGUUUUUUAAUGUUGUUAUUUUUUACGAGGUAUUUCUUAAGGUGUUAUUUAAAGGAAAAAUAAGCAAAAAGAGAGAGAAGAAACAAACAAAAACAACCGAAGGACGAACGAAACAAAAAAAGGAAAGGAAAGCGAUGUAACGAUUUUGUAACGGUGGUACGCCAUGGUACUACCGAUAUACUCAAUUAUAUGCGCAUAUACAAAUAAUACUCUCUGUACAAAGCGACAGAAUAUUUUGUUAAAUAAAAGACGUUAAAGGGAAAAAUAUCACUCGCUGCUCUCGUCGUGCGUUUUUUCUUUUUUUUGUUUUUUAUUCUUUUUUUAAUAAUUUUAUUUUUAUUCGAAACUUUCGUAUUCUUGCAUUCAAGUUUGAACAUUGUGAGAAUUCCUUCGACGAUUAACGUACUCAUAAAUAAUAAUCGAUAAUGCUCAUAAUGAACCUUAAAUUACGUCAAGCAUCGUUGUUACGGUCUUUUUAACGUACAUCUAAACUAAGGACAAGUACAUAAGUUAUCGAUACAAAGGAUCAUCUUUCGUUUGCACGUAUAAACCGCAAGAUUUACGUAUAAGCCCAUGACGGUGCGCAACUAAAAAACAACACGUAUCCGAUGCUCUGCAAAGCGGUGUUACGUGCCUACGUACGCGAUAAGGGAAAAACCAAAAAAAGAGAGAGAGAAAGAAAAGAAAGAGAGAGACGUUGUCAAAAGCAUUGCAUAUUGCGGAGCAAUUUACGCAUUUCUCAGAGUAUUACAAAUAUCGCGUGUAUAUCAUCGUGUAUCAAAGAAAAAAAUCCUAUAGAGGCGUAGAAAGGAAAAAAAUUUUUUUUUCUUUUUUUUUUUACAAACAUCCAUAUAUAUGUAUGUGCGCGUGUAUAUCGUUAUAUAAUCAGUAAUAUCGUUUUCUAUAUAUAUUUUUUCAUAUCUUCGCACAUUUAUAUCUUUUCGCGUAAAUGAAUUUCUUUCUUUAGAAAAUCUUUAUAAAUUCUUCGAAAAAGAUUCCGACGUGACGACGGCGGAUCGUGGAAGAAAAAUUUAACAGCCGUAUUAUAAUCGAAUAAUUUUCUUCUCGAUCCUUGACGAAGAGGGCGUUGGGAAAAAAAAAAAAAAAAGAAAGAGUCGAACGACUUUUGAUCGUGUCGGGAUAUUUGGUGGAAGGACGAUCUCUCGAUAUGCUACUCUCGACCUGAAUGAGCGUUUCUUUUCGCAACGUUUCUUCUCCGUUGUUCGCUGUGUGAGAAAGCUUUUUUUUUUUUUUGUUUUUCUUAAGGAAACUUGGCGAGAGAAAGGGGACGCGACGGAGAAAUUUUAUUGAUGCGCGAUGGGAAUUAGCUUUUCGCCCGAACCGAUAGCCGGUAGAGGAGCCUCAACGGUUAGAACACCAUCCUUGCUCAAGGACGACUUGAUGCUCUCUGGAUUGGUUCCUUUCGGCAGCAAAAAUUCUCGAUUGUAUUCCCUGUAUACGGAUUUGCUUUCCGUCUUCUCCUCGUGCUUGGCGUGAACC